AUGGUUCGCAGUAUCCCCCAUACGCUGCUGACUCUAGCGGUGCUCGGUAGCGCGGCUGCUAUGCCUUCGCGUCGAUCCGAUCAAACCUGCAACAAGGUCCAGUAUGAUUUUCCAAAGGGAACUGGAAAGAAUGACCACCGUGCAGAAUCUGUGAAGCAGGCGUAUGCUCGUGAAUGGAACCAGUAUGCAAAAUAUGCGUUUCCUGACGAUGACUUGCUGCCCAUCACCCACGAAGGCACCAAUGACUUAUUUGGCUGGGGUGCGACUGUGGUCGACGGUAUUGACACGGCCAUUAUCAUGGGCUUGACCGAUAUUGUCGAGAAGCAGCUAAAGCACAUUGCUUCUGUUGAUUUCACACUAUUGAGUGCGUAUGAUUUGAUUAAGAGUGGCAAAUUCCCAAAUCCAUACGAUGAUGAUCUUGUCGAAGCGCUGCUCUCUCAAGCCAAAUCUCUGGCUACAGCAAUCAGCCCAGUAUUUGACACAAUUACUGGUCUCCCUGUGGCAAAUCUCAACUUCUCGACUGGCGAAUUGGUCCGAAGCACAACAACUGUCAACGGCACUACCUACAACAGUACCAAUACAGCUCAAGCAGGAACUAUGAUCCUGGAGUACUACCGCCUGUCGGAUCUGACAGGCGAUGAAUCGUUCCGUCAAAGUGCUCAAAAAGCCGAAAAGUACUUGAUCAAGCCUAGUCCGGCACCCGCCUUCCCUGGUCUUGUCGGCACCGAGCUGAAUACAGAUACGGGAGAAUUCAUUACAUUUGACGGCGGCUGGGAAGCGGGCGUUGAUAGCUUCAUUGAGUACUUGAUCAAGACAUACGUUUACGAUCGUGGCGAUUCCAUGAGUCCAAACCUCCGGGAUUUCUGGGUAACCACGGCCGAGUCCAGCAUCCAGAAUAUUGCCUUGCACCCAUAUCACCGACCUGAACUGACCUUCCUGUCUCAGCUGGACACCGAUGGCAACAUUAUGUGGUCAAUGGAUGACUAUGCAUGCUUUGCCGGUGGCAAUCUGCUUCUCGGAGGCAAAUACCUCGACCGUCCCGAUAUCACAGAGCUGGGCAUGCAGGUGACUGAUAGCUGCCACUGGCUGUACAACACAACACUUACGAAGCUAGGUCCAUCCACUAUCGCGUGGUACAACUCCAAUAACCUCGCCUACAACAACGCCUACAACAAGAAUGCAACCUACCGCGCCGAGGCCGCGAAAAACGGAUACUUCAUCGAGGACCCCUCUUACCGCUCAUAUCCCGAGCCUUUGGAGAGUGUUUUCUACGCAUGGCGAAUUACUGGAGAUACUCGAUGGCAAGACUAUAACUGGGAGACUUUCCAGGCCCUCAACACGACCCGCUCGGCUUCGGUGCCCUAUACUGAAAUCUCAGAUGUCAAUGCGCCAUAUGGUGGCGAACUGGUCAACUAUGUGUCUAGCUUCUACUUCGCGGAGGUGCUCAAGUAUCUCUAUCUCACCUUCACCGAGCCAGAUGUGGUCAGCCUGGAUGACUUUGUAUUCAACACUGAGUGUCACCCGAUGACUAUUAAAAAUCCUUGCGGAUCAUCCUAG